AUGGACCGCUUCCAGGACGGGCACCACGUGCGGCUGCGGAGCCGCGUGCAGCGCACCUACCUCCUCGCCGCCGACGACGGGGAGAGCGUCACCCUCAGCCAGCCCCGCGCCUCCAUGAACGCGGCGUGGGCGGUGCACAUCUACGACGGCGGAGACGGCGAAGGCGAAGGAGACGGCGAUGAACCGUACCUGCUCCUCCACAGCGCCGCCUACGGCCGCUAUCUUUCCGCCACGGCCACGCCGGCGAGGCGAGGCCACCACGGCCUGCGCGUGGAGCUGCGCGACUACGACCAGCCGGAGGUGGAGGCCAUCAAGUGGCGGGCCAUCGGGUCGGGCUUCGCGGACGACGUCGUCAUGCUCCGCCAUGUCGGCGGCAGCUACCUCCGCGCCAACGGCAAGUACCUCCCCUGGAACUCCACCGGCGUCAGCGUCGACGACAAGGCCAGCUCCAUGAUGUACUGGAUCGUCGAGCCCAUCCCCUUGAGAGAGGCGGGCAUACCUGCCAUUCCUGGCCCGCUUCCGACUCCCCUAAUAGACCUCUCCGCCAUAUUCACGCGCCGGGGAGCGGAACGGGAGAUCCGAGGCGUCGAGCCCAUCCCGGGAGAGGCGGCCAUGCCUGCCGAUCAUAGCCCGAAUCGCCCAAUAUUCUCCGCCAUAUUCAGUUCUCGCGGACGGCGCAUCCGGUUCGUGCUGGCGCUCGAGGACGGGUACUACCCCGAGGAGGUCGACGCCGACGACUGGCGCCAGUUCUGGUUCAGGGGGAGGUCCGCGUUCAGCCUGAGAGGCAACCUGGCGGCCCACAUCGACGAGGACGACCCGAACAUCGCCAUGUGCGUCCGAGCAGGCCGCCACGGGAGGCUGACCCCGCUCGUCGUCAACCUGCCCGACGGUGGCUAUGGUGGGACCCUCGAGAUCGUCGUCUUCCUGGCCGGGACCCCUGGCUACGAUGCGCUGCGAUACCCGGAUAUCGAUGCACAGUAA